UAUGAACCUUUUGGUUGGUGCCGGUCUGUGUUGCCACGUCCGUUUUUUAUAAGUGAUUUCGGUUAUAAACGUUGUAAAUCGCGGUUGUGAGUUCUUGGAGUUGUUUUAAAUGUUUUAAAAUAACAUUUAUUUUAUGAAAAAAGUGCAUGUUUCCUCUUAUCCAACAGAGGAAAGUCUCUGACUGUUGGCUCGUGUUUUAAAUCUUCUUUAUUUUGCGCGAUCUGGCAACCCGGCAGCCUGCAAACUCUUCUCGCCUAUCGUAAGAGCAUGAGUGCAGACUGGAAUUCACGUUACAUUUAUCUUUGAAUGUGGAAUUAUUAAUGUUGACAUUGGACUUUCUCAUCAAGUAAUUCCUGUCUAAUGAACAAUGACAGAAGUUAAAGUCAAAAAAGAGUCCACGGACCCUGUAGAUAUCGAGAAUAGGAUAAAAGAGCUGUGUCAGCAGUUUCCACAUGGGAUCACAGACCAGGUGAUCCAGAAUGACAUGCCUCACGUUGAGGCGCAGCAGCGGGCCUCGGCUAUCAACAGACUACUGUCUGUGGGUCAGUUAGACUUGCUUAGAAACAGCGGUGGCCUUUUAUACAGGCUUAAGGAUGCUCAGUCUACAAGUAAAGUUAAAGGCUCUGAUAAUCAAGAAAAACUAGUCUACCAGAUCAUAGAAGAUGCUGGGAAUAAAGGAAUUUGGAGCAGAGACAUCAGAUAUAAGAGUAACCUUCCACUCACAGAAAUCAAUAAAAUCCUCAAGAAUCUUGAGAGUAAGAAACUCAUCAAAGCAGUGAAGUCUGUUGCGGCCUCAAAGAAGAAAGUCUACAUGCUGUACAACCUGCAGCCGGACCGAUCUGUGACAGGAGGCGCCUGGUAUAGCGAUCAGGAUUUUGAGUCCGAGUUUGUUGAGGUUCUCAACCAACAGUGCUUUAAGUUCCUGCAAAGUAAGGCUGAAGCAGCGAGAGACAGUAAGCAGAGCCCUAUGGUGCAAAGAAACAGCUCAUUUGCCACCUCUCAUGAAGUGUGGAAGUACAUCUGUGAGCUUGGCAUCAGCAAAGUGGAUUUGUCCAUGGAGGACAUUGAGACCAUUCUAAACACAUUGAUCUUUGACGGCAAAGUGGAGAUGACCAUAAUCGCUGCUAAAGAGGGGACGGUGGGGAGUGUAGAUGGACAGAUGAAGCUCUACAGGGGUGUGAAUCCCAUAAUUCAACCCACUGGCCUGGUCAAAACACCAUGUGGACUGUGUCCGGUGUUUGAUGACUGUCAUGAAGGGGGCGAGAUCUCUCCAUCUAACUGCGUUUACAUGGCUGAGUGGCUGGAUUUCUGAAAAGCCAACCGGAUGUCUUUUGUUUUUCUCUGUGGAGAAAGUAUUUUUCGUGCAGCGAUUCGACGCAACUGAAGAUAUCUUUUUAUUUAUGUUUUGAACAUUAAUGGCUUUAAUGACUCGAUCAGAGCUACAUAAAGUGAAUAAGAAGCAGCUUCUAUCUGGGCGUCAGUGAAAUCUUGACACAUAAGACUGAUUUUCUUUUUCUUUUUUGUUUGUUUGUUAUUGCUUCUCUUCACCUACAGACAUGUCUUUAAAGAUAUACCUCAACCAUAUCAAUAAAUAAAGGUUUUCAUAUUUGUUGAUAGGUAGUCUGCAUAUUGGACCGUGUUUGUGCACUUCUAUAAUUUUUGUGCACUGCAUCCAAUUUUUAGCAGAUUGUAAAUGACACAUGUUUUUAUAAGAAUAUUCUAUAAAUUUAAGAAAUCAGCGCAGACUAUUUAGGUAAAAAGACUUUGUGUCUGAAAAGUGUGGAAUUUGUGAUUUUAAAAAAGAAAUACAGACAAAGCAUCAGUAUAGACUUAAACUGUGUCAUUGUCAUGAUUGAGCAAAUUUUAUACAUUUAAAAAAUUUGAGGUUUAUAAUUUAUGAUGGCACAAUUUCACAUUUUAAGCAAUUGUGAAUUCUUUGUCAAUGCAUUGUGGACUACAUCACACUUCAGAUGUUGUUCUUAUUCUUUCUCACAUUUUACAUACAUAUUAGAAAGUAACUACCGUUAUGAAGUUGUAAUAAUUAGUAACAGUCAAUUAUGGAAUCACUUUUGAUUUCCACUCCUGCAAUAGUUUAUUAUACAUGUACUGGAGUACAUUGAUACACCAGUAGGUGGCGUAUCUUUCAUUUACUAUUUAAUUUUGUGUGUGUAUUUGAACUACUCUUCAAAUAUUUGGAAUUUGUAAGAAAUUAAUACUUUUAUUUAGCAGUGGCACGUUAAUUUCAUCAAAACAUUUUGUAUUUCAAAAAUGCCAUCCGUUUCAACAAAUGUAUCAUGGUUUCCACAUAAAAAUUAAGCAGCACACUGAUACACUGGAAAAAUGUAUCUUCCUUUCACAGUAACUUAUUUUAAUCAAAUAAACUAGUGCUGUCAAACGAUUAAUCACAUCCAAAAUAAAA